UAUACCUACGAAAUGGCCGUCAACACUCCAGCUGUCUUGAUCCACUAUAUCACUCCACAUAUGUCUUGGCUCUUUAAGCUUUAGAAAAAAUAUCAAAAUACCUUGGGAUUCUAGAGUGGUAGCCACCCUAGGCAAAAAUGACUCGUAAUUUCAAACUUGUUGUUUUUGAUCUUGAUAUGACUCUAUGGCCAUUUCGCCUUGACAAACAUAUGAAAAGCCCAUUUAGUAAAGUGAGAGAUUGUGUUGUCGAUGUCACUGGCCAGAAGGUCAACCUUAUGGUGGACACUAUACCAAGUCUAGAAUAUGUGAAACAAAGGGGUUACCAAAUAGGAAUUGCCUCACGAAUUGAAGAUAUAUGUGGGGCAUACCAACUUCUAAAUCUGCUGGGAAUAUCAUCUUACAUUGACUACAGAGAAAUCUAUCCUGGCUGCAAAAAAAAACAUUUUUUUAGCCUUCAACAGAAGUCCAGCAUAAUUUUCAAUGACAUGAUAUUUUUUGAUGACGACAGGAGAAAUACAAGAGAUGUGUCAAAAUUAGGAGUUGAUACUGUCCUUCUUCCAGAUGGUAUUUCUAAAGAGACGGUAUUUUCAUUAUUAUAGAAACCAUUCUACUACAAUUUACUUACUUAAUAUGUAUUAUUAAAUGAAGAUUUUAAAACACUCUCAUAA